UAUGUGCAGAGAAGCAAGGGGACUUAAAAGUCAGAGAUUUGUGAAUGGAGUUUGGUGUGACACGGGAGAACGGAGCGUGUCUGGACUACAUCCUGUCCUGGUGCCCUCUAACCGCUGGCAUCCGUGUCCAGCUUUGUAUGGCGGUAUAUUGUUGUCGUAAAGUUACUGAUUUGGUAUUUUUGCGCUUUCCAAAUUGGCAUGAGUCAACCUCUGAACCGUGCGCUGCGUUUCAAAUGGCCACUGACGAGAAACACCUCGUUUUAUUCUCCCGAAAACAGGCUCAUUAGAUCGGCAGCGAGCAGCCCGGUAACCCGCAGGAGCUGCCACUGCGGUCUCCCUCCUGCAAGCUGCUCAUUAUGCGGCCGGGACGGCGUCUGUAGCGCGGCUUUAACACACCUCAGUCCGGCCUUUGGAGGCGCAUUCUUUGGAGCGUGUCUGUUUGGGAGCUCGUUUCGGGGCCCUGAUGGAGGCCCGUGGCGCUCCUGCUGAGGUCCUCCUGCAGCAUCCCUGGCUCCCUGUGAGCAUCAGCGGCUGCCAGCUCCUAGCCAAGAGCUGGUUCGGGGAAACGGCGUACCACAUCCUGCUGACAGACAUUCACUGUGUGUGGGAGGAGAGGAUGGACUCAGCUGCCAUCCAGCAGAGAGCGCAGGAGCUGAACAGACGUUUACGAGCCCCCGUCAAAGCGUUCUUCUCCCACCUGUGCGAGGUGGUUCAGCCCUGUCUGUCAGGAAGGGACGGGGGAGCCGACGGCGAGGCCCAGGUGUCCUUGACGCGGCAGGAGGGCGGCAACAUCAGCAUGAAGCUGAAGAGUGAGCUGGCAGGGCUGCCCUUCUACUGGGAGUUCGACUGCACCCCCGCACCCGUCACUGUGGUGUGUGUUCAGCUGGUGCGCCCCCUGCUGGCCAUGAGCCACCUGCUGCAGCGCCAGGUGGAGCAGCUCGGAGGUCUGCUGGCGAGGAAGGAUGCCGAGAUCCAGGACUACAGAGAGAACGGAGCCACGCUCAGCAGAGAGCGGCUGCAGACGGGACGUUUUUGGAGGAGGCGAACCUACAGGGAGAAGGACUUCAUGUCAAAGGUCCUUCCUCUGCUGUGUUCUGACCAGCAGGGCCAGGCACUGGGCUUUGAUGACGACCUCCAACGCCUCUACGCUGCAAUCGUUGCCCACGGAAAUGCGUGCACGCGGAAACGGAAGCUGUCUGAGGAGGACCAGCCGCCCACUGAAGAACCAGACCUCACCUCAUCUCUGGGUGGAUCUCACAGCAGUGAAGCAACUGAGGACGGACAGCAGAGCCGGGACGCAGCUGGAGCCGAGAUGGCCGACAGACCCACAGUACAGCAGUCUCUUCUGGUCACGUCCGACCCUGCAGAGCGACCGUCCUCCAAACCAAAGAAGAAGAAGAAAGUGGUCGGACUGUUCAGAUGAGCCCGCGCAGUAGGACGCACACACAGACGACAAUUAACAACUCUACUAGAAAAAGUGCUUCAUUUCCCCAUUUGAUGGAAAAUUACCUUUAAAACUAUUUCUUCGUUUUUAAACUUUUAUUUUGAAGGACACUAUUAUAGAUGUGGUUUUAAUUCGAUUUGUUCAUGCAGUCUUUUAUAUUGAAAAUGUAAUUAAAUAAGUUUUAAAUCAAUUUAGUGAAAUAAAGUAUUUUUAGAGAGGUUUAUUAAAGAUUUAAAUAUAAUUUUGAUGGCUGUUUUUGUCUGCUAUUAACAAAAUCAACUACAUGAAGUAGUUGUAGAAGUAGUAGAAGUAAAUCAUCCGUGUUUGUGUCUAAAGAUUCACUUUGAAGUCAUUUCUUCCUGCGUUCGGGCAAACGGAGGGAGCAUAAUGAGCUGACAGCGGUCGAUAGGGCCCUUUUCGUAGCAGAAUGAGAUGUUGACUCAAGGUGUUGCCGCAUCUCAGGAAUGCUAUUAAAGUUGAAAAGUCACUGUUUGAUUGCAGGUUUUCAAGAGUUUCUGUGUGACAAAUGUUUCUGAAAAGUUGCUUCAUGUUAACUUUGAGAAUUUGUUAUUAUUUGGUCUUUUGAGUCACUGGUCUAACUAAAUUCCAGGUAAUGUUUCUCAUAAUUCCCAUGAAAGAAGUUGCUUUGUUGCUUUUCUUGCUCAUAUUUUACUGAUAACCAAAUAUUUUGGACUGUUUGUUGCACAAAACAAGACAUUGGAUGGCAUCACCUUGUGCUGUAGGAGACAUUUUUCACUGAUCUCUGAUGUUGAACUGAAAAUUAUAGUUUAUCCGUCCCUAAAUGCCGCAUUAAAUACACUUUUCAUCCUC